AUGGAUGACCAAAAUGAAACAUGCAGACAAUUGCUGUUAGAUGAAUUGGACUUCCUGAAAGCAAUGUAUACGGUGGACGAAUUAGAAAUAAACGAGCCUCAAAAUCCAACACAAAAUGGCCAAAUUACACAGUUAACUUUGCAUCAGCAAAUUGAUAACAUCAGUUACGAGGUUGUGAUACAUUUGAGUAGUGAAUAUCCUAUUAUUUUGAAACCGUCUGCGUUUGUUCGUUGUUCAUUGAUCAAUUGUGAUUUGCUCAAUCAAGAACUUCGAUAUUUCAUUGAUCAGGAAACUCUUGGUAUACCUCUUACAUUAACAAUUAUGCAAUGGAUCAGCGAUAAUAUCAGUCGUUUUAAGGAGAUAAUCGGAAAUAAAACCAUACAAUUGGUAAAUGAUAUGAAAACAACAAACAGUACUACUGUUUAUGCACGAUUUUGGAUCUAUUCACAUCAUAUUCACAGCAAAAUAAAGAGACGUAUGAUCAAGGAUACAGCAUCAUUAUAUCAGUUAGAUGGAUUUUUCUGUUCUGGUAAACCGGGUGUUAUUAUUUUAGAAGGUUUUCGAGCUGAUUGUAAUAAAUUUUGGGAACAAAUUCGUGUCCUAAAUUGGCAACGUAUUGUGUUACGGUAUUGUGAAGAGCAAACUGAUCCUUCAUUUUUUCGUCUUGGAAAAUUUCGUGAAAUUCAAUUUCCACAUGCGAGAUAUUUAACAGAACUGAAAAAGAUACUAACUGAAGCUGGUUUGGGAUAUGGUUUUCAAUUAUUAUUUAAUCUGUAA